AUGCCACCAUCAUCUAGUUCAAGUAAAAUAGGAAAUUUAUCGAAACCACCUGACACACAAAAUCAAAGCGAUCCAAAGCCCAGGCAAAUAACUCAGCCCAUACGUAGUUUCAACGAAUUUAAAAAAAAGGUAUACCCACACGCUCGGAGGUCAGUUCUUGUGCCGUUGGCAAUAUAUGAUGUUCCAACUGGUGUCAAACCAUAUGUUCUUCCUGAAGAAUAUGAUAUUACAAAAACAAUUGAAUCCAUGAACGCUAAAAUUGAUGUGAAAGGAAAAGGAAAAGGAAAAGCAAAA